AUGCCGGGGACCGAGCGCGGCCACCGCCGCUCCGGCAGCGGCUCCAGCUCGAGCUCGUCUGAGGACGACGGAAUGGGAGGGAGGAGAAAGAAGGGCAUAAGGGAGAAGAUCAAGGAGAAGAUGCCCGGCGGCCACAAGACCGAGGACGAGCACGGCUACGCCGGCCAGACUGCACCGGUGACGACGCCGGGGACGGCGGCAGAAGGCGGGCACGAGAAGAAGGGCUUGAUGGACAAGAUCAAGGAAAAGCUGCCUGGAGGAGGCCACUAGUUAAGUUUUUGUGCAUAAAAAUCCAAGUUUCAAUAAUGGUGCAUGCAUGUUUUGAAGUGCAUGUUUUGAAGUGUCUAAGUUUGUGUUAAUUUGUGAGAGUAUUUGCUUUUUUUUUGUGUUUGUGAGAAUAAAGGAGUGUGUGGGAGGGUCUAUGUACUCUUGUAUGUUGCUUCUAAGAAGCUUCUACAAAUUCUUUAAUUUGGGAUCUCAUGUUUCAUCUAGGAGACAAUUUAUUUUAUUAUUAUGAAAUAACUUGAAGGUCGCAGUCAUGUUAUUUUA